ACAUGCAAAAGGGAUUGUUGAGCACACUUCUAAAUCUUUUACCAAAUGCUGAGCAUAGGAAAUGUGCUAGACACAUAUGGGCUAAUUGGCAGAAAGAUUGGAAAGGUGAAGAAAGAAGAAAACAAUUCUGGAGGGUCUCUAAAGCAUCAUUUGAGGUAAAGUUGAAAGAAGAACUUACAAAAUUAGAUAAACUUGGAAAAGACAUCUGUGAAGAUUUAUUGCAAUUUAACAAAGAGCACUGGUGUAGAGCCUAUUUUAGGGAACACUCUAAGUGUGAUGUAGUUGAAAACAAUAUGUGUGAGACCUUUAAUUCCUGGAUAUUAGUAGCUAGGCAUAAGUCUAUCAUUACCAUGCUAGAAGAGAUUAGGCAUAAAGUAAUGACUAGGCAUGUUGAAAUGAGAAGAUUUGCUGAGACAUGGAUUACUGAUAUUUCACCUAUGGCAAGGGUGAUGUUGGAAGAAAACAAGAAGCUGUCUAACAAAUGUGAAGUGUUGUGGAAUGGGCUAGAAGGGUUUGAGAUCAAGGAAUAUGAAUAUAGGUUCAUUGUACACUUGUGGAACAAAACAUGCACUUGUAGGCUGUGGCAGUUAAGAGGAAUCCCCUACAACAUGCAAUAUGUGCAUUCUACCAUCUAGGGGAUGAACCAUAUAAUCAUGUGGAACAUUGGUAUAGA